AUGGUAGAGUCGGCGGGCGGUGGACUGGGGGUUGAUGCAGCACGGUCCUAUAGCUGGGGAUGUUCCUGGGCUCCCCGGGCUCCCUCCUACCCGGUAAGGGACUCUGAAAGAGGUUCGAGACCCCGGCCCCUUCGGAGGGUCUUUUGCCGGUGCCGCGAGGGUUUGCACGGGAUCCCCCGGAAUCCCACGCGGGAUCGUUCCCCGCCGGGGCGGGGCAGAGCAGGGGUCCCGUCGCCCACGUCAGUGCGGAGGCGGCUGGUGCCGGCGCCGGGGCCCGCAGAGGUGUGUCAGUUCCGCUGCAGACCCUGCUAUGAUGAGCUCGUUGCUCCCCUUUACUCCUACUCCAUCGGUGCCUCCUCCAGAUACAACAUCUUCUACUCGGCCAGCUUCGCCCGUCUACACAGCACCAGCGGCUGGUCCCCCGACCCCCGCGACAAGCAGCCCUGGCUCCAGAUCGACCUGAUGCAAAAGCACCGGAUCAAUGCAGUGGCCACGCAGGGAACCUUCAACACCUAUGACUGGCUUACACGCUACAUUGUGCUCUAUGGAGACCACCCUACGAGCUGGAAACCCUUCUUCCAGCAGGGCAGCAACUGGAAACCCCUGACCUGGAGCAAGGUGUUGACAGUGACCCUUCAUCCCCAGACAUUCUUUGGGAACGUGAAUGAGAGCGGGGUGGUGCGGCAUGAUCUGCAUUACCCCAUCCUUGCACGAUACAUUCGCAUCAUUCCGGUGGCCUGGAACCCACGCGGGAAGAUUGGACUGCGCCUGGGCCUCUAUGGCUGCCCCUACCGGUCUCAUGUGCUCUACUUCGAUGGGGAUGAUGCCAUCUCCUACCGUUUCCGAGCCAAGAGGGUCAGUACCUUCGAGGAUGACAUCUCCUUCAACUUCAAGACACUGGAGCAGGAUGGAGUGCUGAUGCACGGGGAGGGCUCACAGGGUGACUACAUCACAGUGGAGCUCAAACAGGCCCAGCUCCUCCUGCAUAUCAGCUUAGGCAGCAGCCCACUGCACGCCAGUGAGGGCCACACAACGGUGGCGGUGGGCAGCCUCCUGGAUGACCAGCACUGGCACUCAUUGCACAUUGAGCGUCUCGGCCACUACGUCAACCUGACGCUGGACGGGGAGGUCAAGCGCUUCCGCUGCCGUGGCACCUUCGACCAGCUUGACCUCGAAACUGAGGUAUUCUUUGGAGGGGUGAUCAACCAUGACAAGCAGCACCUCACCUACCGGCAAAACUUCCGAGGUUGUGUGGAGAACAUCAUGUUCAACGGGGUCAACAUCGCCGACCUGGCCCGGCACCGGCGGCCCAACAUUCGCUUUGAGGGCAAUGUGGGCCACUACUGCCGGGACCAGCUGAUGACCCCCAUCACCUUUGCUGGCAUCAACAACUACGUGCAGGUGCCAGGGAUCCCACGGAGAAACCGCCUGGCUGUCAGCUUCCGCUUCCGCUCCUGGGACACUGUUGGCCUCCUGCUCUACACUGGCUUUGAUGACCACCUGGGCUCCCUAGAGAUGGUGCUGAGCGAGGGGCAGGUCAAUGUCUCCAUCGCCCAGCCCGGCAAGAAGAAGCUGGAGUUUGCUGCAGGGCAUCGCCUGAAUGAUGGCUUCUGGCAUUCCGUGCACCUGGUGGCACGGGAGGGCUCAGCUGUGGUGACCAUUGACGAUGAUGAUGGUGCCGAGUUUCGGGUGGCGCACCCCUUCCAGCUACGCACUGGCAGCCAGUACUUCUUUGGAGGCUGCCCCAAGCCAGCCUCAGUCACUGGCUGCCGGUCAAACCAGACAGCUUUCCACGGCUGCCUGCAGAUGCUGAAUGUAGACAUGCAGCCCGUGGACGUGGAGCUGCUGGCACAGCAACGGCAGGCACAGUACUACAAUGUGUUCUUCAAUGUCUGUGGAAUCACAGACAGGUGCACCCCCAACCUGUGUGAGCAUGACAGCCGCUGUAUCCAGUCCUGGGAUGACUUCAUGUGCAUCUGUGACCUGACAGGGUACAAGGGGGAGACCUGCCACAAAUCCCUUUACAAGGAAACAUGUGAUGCUUACCGGGUCAGUGGGAAGACCUCGGGCAAUUACACCAUAGAUCCAGAUGGCAGUGGGCCGCUCAAGCCCUUCACGGUGUACUGUGACAUCCGAGAGGACCGAGCAUGGACCAUCAUCCGGCACAACCGUCACUACGGUACGCGGGUGACGGGCUCCAGUGUGGACCAGCCCUACCUGGGGGCCGUGGAGUACUGGAACGCCUCCUGGGCCGAGGUCUCAGCCCUGGCCAAUGCCUCCGAGUACUGCGAGCAGCGCAUUGAGCUCCACUGCUACAACUCCCGCCUGCUCAACACCCCCUCCGGGCUGCCCUUCAGCUUCUGGAUGGGUCGGAACGAUGAGCGGCACUACUACUGGGGGGGCUCGCGACCAGGCAUCCAGCGCUGUGCCUGCGGGCUGGACAAGAACUGUGCUGACCCCCAGUACUUCUGCAACUGCGAUGCCGACCACGCAAUUUGGAGGACAGAUAAGGGUCUGCUGACCUUUGUGGACCACCUGCCCGUCACCCAGGUUGUAGUUGGAGACACUAACCGCACUGGCUCUGAAGCCCAGUUCGUGCUGGGGCCCCUACGGUGCUAUGGAGACCGUAACACCUGGAACACCGUCUCCUUCAACAGGGGCGCAGCCCUCAUCUUCCCCACCUUCCAGGCCAACCACAGCCUUGACAUCUCCUUCUACUUCAAGACCACUGCCCAGUCUGGAGUCUUCCUGGAGAAUCCAGGCUACCGAAACUACAUCCGCAUUGAGCUCAACACUACUAGGGACGUGGCAUUUAUAUUUGACAUUGGGAAUGGGGACGAGAACCUGACGGUGCGGUCGGUGGUACCCUGGAACGACGAUGAGUGGCACCAGGUGAAAGCUGAGCUCAACGUCAAGCUGGCGCGGCUGCGGGUGGACAAGCUGCCCUGGGUAGUGCGGCCGUUCCCCCCACAGAGCUUCGUCCGCCUGGAAUUUGACAGGCCCCUCUACGUAGGCGCAGCAGAGCACAAGAUGCGCCCGUUCCUGGGGUGCCUGCGGGCACUGCGGAUGAACGGGGUGACGCUCAACCUGGAGGGCAAAGCCAACGAGACCGAGGGUGUGCGGGUCAACUGCACCGGCUACUGCCAGGACCCGCCGGUGCCCUGCCAGAACAGUGGGCUCUGCGUCGAGCGCUACAGCCACUACACCUGCAACUGCAGCAUCUCUGCCUUCACCGGUCCCUUCUGCAAUCACGACAUCGGUGGGUACUUCGAGGAGGGCACCUGGGUGCGGUACAACAUCCUGCCCAUGUCGCUGUACGCCGCCCGCGAGUUCGCCAGCAUUGUGAGCAGUCCCUGGCAGCCCCUGCCUGGCUACAACCUCACCAGCGAGGAGGUCAGCUUCAGCUUCAGCACCACCUCAGCACCUGCCGUGCUGCUUUACGUCAGCACCUUCGUCAAGGACUACAUGGCCGUGCUUAUCAAGGAUGACGGGAGCCUACAGCUGCGCUACCAGCUGGGCACCAGCCCCUACGUCUUCACUCUCACCAACAAGCCAGUGACGGACGGGCGGCCCCACCGUGUCAACAUCACCCGCCUGCACCGCACACUGUACACCCAGGUGGACUAUCUCCCCAUCGUGGAGCAGCAGUUUUCCCUGUUUGUGGACAGCAAGCUGGACUCACCUAAAAACCUGUACUUGGGCCGUGUGAUGGAGACUGGCGUGAUUGACCCCGAGAUCCAGCGCUACAACACACCUGGCUUCUCAGGCUGCCUCUCAGGGGUGAAAUUCAACACCCUCGUGCCCCUUAAAGCUAUCUUCCACCCCACCAGCCCCCUGCGGCCCUACAGCAUCCGGGGUGAAUUGGUGGAGUCGAGCUGUGCCUCAAUGCUCCCCCUCAGCACCCUCCUUAUCCCUCCUGAGAUGGACCCCUGGUACAUGGCCACAGGUGAGUGCCUACUGUGGUGGGACCCUGGUGGGGAUGGAGCCCUUGUCAAGCACCAGCUGCAGAAGGGAAGCUCCAGCACGAGAUCUUGCUGCAGCCUGGUCUCAGCUGCCUACUCUGUCUCUGCAGAAUUCCCCCACGUGCACGACGACGGCUGGGUUGGGAUCAUCAUUGGGUUCGUGAUCUUCCUGCUCCUGCUGCUGUCAGGGCUGCUGGUGCUGCUCUACUUCUACCACCACCGCUACAAGGGCUCUUACCACACCAACGAACCCAAGGCCAUCCAGGAUUAUGGCGGUGCUACCAAACCGUCGGCACGCAAGGAACAGAACCUGCCCCAGAUCCUGGAGGAGCCGAGAGGGGACUAGCGUGGCCGGGAUGGGCUCACAGCCCCGGGAGCCGCCCGAGAAUGAGCGAGCGUUGCGGGACCAAAAGGCCGAGCACACCUGAACUGCCAACACCCGCCUUUAGACUGACCUGACC